AUGGUGCGGCCAGCACGGACCAACCUUCAGGCCCGCCACCUGGGCAGGACUUUAGCGAUGGGGGUGUUGGCCGCUACGCCGGCAGCGGCAGUGGUGGGAACAGUGGGGGAGGCUCAGGGCGCAACAGCGGCGGCCGCGACAGCGGCGAUGGUCACAGCAGCGGCG